AUGUCAGUUCUCGACGAAGCCGCGAUCGAAAACGAGGACGACGACUACUGGGACGUUCAAUCGGACGAAGAGAUGUUUGAAGCGGAAACAGUCGAGGACGAGCAGGCCCUACUUGCGAGCAAGGAAUUCAGUAACAUACGUCGCAUACACCUCGAGAACUACAAUGAGCUUGGAAUCAGACGAUACGAUGCGUUCUUAUACGACGGGUUACUGUCGCACUAUAGACCGGAGUAUGCAGCAAGCCCCCUGCGCAAUCCCAAGACUGCGAGGGUUUUCGCGCACUACAUUCAUGUGACUGGACCUACACUGUCGAUGUACGAACGAAAUCCCCGAAACCCUACCCUCAUCUUCGAAAGCACUACACACCCAGCUCAGCAAGGACUAUGGACACAUACAUUGCCUUUGAAGGCUCUGAGCCACCAAGGACUUUUACACGCCAUGCUAGCGCUAGCAAGCCUGCACAUCGCAAGACUGCAGGGUGCUUCUAUAACGCCGUCCUACAAACACUAUGCAUACUCUUUGAAACGACUUGUUCGCUCCCUCGGCAACCCCACAAAACGACUAUCAACCAAUACGCUAGCGACAUCCUUGCUCCUGGCCUUCUACGAAGUAUGGACCGCAGAACAUGUAAAAUGGGGAACACAUCUCGUUGGCGCCCAGCGCCUGAUCACCGAGCUCGAUUUCCGGUCACUCACGCGAGAGUACAGACGAAUGCGAGCAGCGCAAACUGCGAUGGAACGACAAUUCCCGCAUCAGAAUCCGGAGAUGCUAUUUGAUCAACGACUGUUCGACCAAAGGCUCAAAGAUAGCGCUUUGAUGCCAGAUCAGAGUCUUGUGAGCACGAUAGUGGGGAAGAAGGUUAAUUAUGACGACUUUGGAAUGGUGUUUGAAGACAAUGGCGCAAGACACGACGCGAGGCAAAGCAUACCCGCGAAACUGGACUUGCAAAGCUACGAGACACUGCAGGAUAUAUAUUGGUCGUACGCUAGGCAUGAUGUUUACCAGAGCAUCGUGAGCGGCCAUCGUCUUAUUAACCCCUACCGUAAAUGGUCCGAUUGUCCUCCAAGAGCACCACUCGGCCGAACCGAUGCCCUUUACGGCUCCCACGAUCACAUCAUUCUUCUCCUAGGUCGUAUCGCAGACUUUACAGUUCGAGACCGUACCCGCAAACUUCGACAAGUGGAAGCAGAUGGUGGAUGGCGACCUCGUCCAGGUAUGCCUGGUUUUGGCAGUAUGGGGCCACCUCCCAGCGGCCCACCUGGUCAACAACAAAUGCAUGCAGGUUCUGGAGGGCCUCCACCUCAAAUGCAAGGUCCGCCGCCAGGAUGGAAAGGACCCCCACCACCAGGAUGGACCGGGCAAGGACCACCCCGAAGCCAACCACCACCCAUGCCCAAUUUCUACGGCAUGGCCCCCUCAGCAGGCCCCGGCCCCAUCCUGUCCAGCUACGAAAACCCAAACUACGAACGCUCACCCCCCACCCCCAACGUACCCAACCCGCAACACGCCGACCUACCCACCCUAUACGAGAAAGCAGUCUCAGAAUGGGAAACCAUAAUGGACGCCCACACAUCUGUCUUACGAGUCCUAGAACAAAGCGAAGGCUUUGCUCCAUUACCAGAAGACACGUACCCACCACCCGUACCAGGAGCCCGGCCCCACGAACACGGAAACAUGACACCCUUCGGCCCAGCCAUCCUCCACAGAAGCUACGACAUCUCCAUCCUAUGGGGCCUCGCCUAUCUCUCCAAAAUCAUCCUUUUGAGAUCCCACCCUGGCAUGCCACCCGCCGCGCAAAUGGCCGCCGGAGUCUGCGCCUCCGUCACAGCACCUUACUGCAUGCUCAUCGGCCGUAUAUGGGCUAGCGUCAGCAUACCCGUUACAUCAGACCUCUCCCCUUUCCUCGGCGCCGUCUUGACAGAAUCAACCCUCUCCCUCUUCUUCGCUGGAAUCACAUUCCAGGACCCGCGGCAGCGCGAGUGGCUUAUUACCCGGCUGCUCGAAACGGAUAAAAAGACGGGGUGGGCGAGCGCAGGGAUUAUCGCGAAGGGGUGCGAGACGGCGUGGGAGAAGGCGGCGGAGAUGGGGAGGGGGCCGCCGUAUAAGAGGAGGACUAAGAAGGUGCAGCCUGUGGAUAGGGAGGAGGUUGAGACUGAGGUUAAUAGGGAGGGUAUGAGAGGAAGGGAGAGGGAAGAGGGGAGGGUGCAGGAGAUUGGUGAGACGAGGUUUGUGGUUAAGAGUCAGAGGCCGCCUUGGGCUAUGAAUCUUUUGGGGACGGAAGAGGAUCUUAGGGUUGGGAUGGAGAGGUUUGGGCUUUGA